AUGAAGUCAAUCCGCAAUCUACCAAGUCUUGUGCGCGACAAGUUUAUAGCUGCUCAAAAGGGCGGCGACCUCACGUUUUACCAGACACAGGUGUCAAUUCUUCAAUGCCAUGGAGUGCCUUUCCAAGUCCGCUUCUCUCCUGCUCUGGCGAAUAAGCCCAAAUCCAACAGGCCUCGCGCUCCGAAGGAGAAGUUCUUUGAUCCAUUUGCCGACCCGGCCCCAGGCCUACUUAUCACCGACCUCCCUUCUCACUUCCUCGUCCUUAAUAAAUUCCCCGUAAUCCCAGAUCACUUCAUCCUGGCCACGAAAGAAUUUAAAGAGCAGACACAUCUACUGGAAGAAGAUGAUAUUGGAGCUGCUUAUGAGUGCCUGAAAGCAUAUCGUGAAAAUGGAGAGGAGCUGUUUGGCUUUUUCAAUUCCGGUGAACAUUCUGGGGCAAGCCAGCCGCAUAGGCAUAUACAAUUUCUGCCAGUUGAAUCAAUGCGAAGCGGCAUGAAGACAGGGGAAGAAUGGAACGUGUUGGCUGAUGGCCUUGCAAAGAAUCCUGAACUCCCAUUUGCUUAUUUUUGGAGCGCCCUUCCUGAAAACCCAACAUCCCAGCAACUCCAUGAUAUCUAUAGAAGCCUCCACGAUAAAGCAGUUCGAGCUACGGAUGAUUCCCUUCAUGUCUCUACUGCAGAGAACGAUUCGCCGAUCAGCUACAACCUUGGCUUUACUGACCGAUCAAUGGUGGUAUGUCCGCGGACCCUAGAAGGGCCGAUGAUCAAGAGCAGCAAAGGUGAAUCCAUAGGACCAGUCUCUCUGAAUGGCACCUUGCUAGCAGGAACUCUCUUAGUGAAGAGCGAGGCCGAAUGGGAUACUCUACAUAACGACGAGUCAAAACUCAGUGAUGUUUUAGGCUCUAUCGGUAUCAGUUCAAUUAAAAGCAAUGCUAGGAUUUAA